CCUCCUCCACCUGCUGACCCCCGUUACCCCGUAUGGCCCCCCGGCUCUGCCCCCCCCGGCGCCCCUCUGCCUGGCUUCUGCGGGGCCUGCUGGCAGGGCUGGGGGGGCUGGCACUUGUGAGCCUCCUGGUUGGGGGCACAGGAGAGGAGCUGCUAUCGUGGUCACUGGCCCCCUUCCUGGGAGGCAGGGGAGGUUUCCUGCACGCAGACCCCCACUUGCCCGGCUCCGACUCCUUCCUGCUGCCCAACGUGGACGGCUGCGAGCCCCGGGCCCCCUUCCUGCUGGUGCUGGUGGCCAGCGCGCCAGGGCACACGGCCCAGCGCCAGGCAGUGCGUGCCAGCUGGGGGGGCACCCGCUGGGCCGGGGGGUACCCAGUGCGGACGUUCUUUGCCCUGGGGGCGCCGGGCUCGAGCGAGGAGCAGGCCCGGCUGGAGGAGGAGUCCCAGCGCCAUGGAGACCUGGUGCAGGGCCGCUUCGCCGACACCUACGCCAACCUGACCCUCAAGACCAUGAUGCUGCUGGGCUGGGCAGCCGCCCACUGCCCUGGCGCCGCCUUUGUGGUGAAGGUCGACGACGACGUCUUCCUCAACCUGCCUGCCCUGGCCCGCCACCUGGGGGCGCUGCCCAGCCCUCGCCGGCUCUACCUGGGCCGCAUCCACUGGCGGGUGCAGCCCAACCGCGACCCCGGACAUCGGCACCACGUCCCGGUCUCCGCCUACCCGGCCGGGGCCUUCCCCCCCUACUGCAGCGGCACGGCCUACGUGCUGUCUGGUGACGCUGCCCUGGGGGUGCUGGGGGCCGCCCCCCACGUGCCUUCCGUGCCCCUGGAGGACGUCUACGUGGGGCUGUGCGCUCGCUGGGCCGGCUUGGCCCCCACCCACACAGCCCGCAUGGCUGGAUCCACCCACUACCCCAUGGACCCCUGCUGCUACGGGGAGGUGCUGUACAGCGUGCACCAGGUGGGCCCUCAGGCGAUGGGGGCAGCCUGGGCUAUGGUGGGGGGAGAAGGGAGAGCCUGUACCCCACUGCAUAGGGGGCUGGGGGUGCUGAGGUGCAAGGUGCUAGCCCUGCUGGAGGGUCUGUGAGGGACACGGGGGCUGGGAGCCAGGACUCCUGGGUUCUCUCCCAGCUCUGGGAGGGAAGUGGGGUAUAGUCCAGUGGUUCUCAACGAGGGGCACGUGUACCAUUGGGGUACACCAAGGUCUUCCAGGGGGUGCAUUGUCACAUCUAGAGCUUUGCCUAAUUUUACAACAGGCUACACAAAAAGCACUAGCCAAGUCAAACUAAAAUUUCAUACAGACAAUGACGUCUUCACACUGGAUUGUGUACUAUACACUGAAAUGCAAGUGCAAUAUUUAUAUUCCAAUCAAUGUAUGUUACAAUUGUAUGGUGAAAAUGAGAAAGCAGCAAUUUGUCAGUAAUAGUGGCUGUGACACUUUUGUAUUUUUAUGGCUGAGUUAAGAAAGCAAGUUGAUUUUAACUUAAGUGAAACUUGAGGGUACGCAAGACAAAUCAGACUUCUGAAAGGGGCACAGUCGUCUGGAAAGGUUGAGAGCCACGGGCCGGGGGGGACUGGGAGCCAGGACUCCUGGGUUCUAACCCCAGCUGUUAGUGCAGUGAUGCUCAAUGGCGGCCCCUGGGCCAAAUGUGACCCACCAGCUCACCUUAAAAAAAUGUUUGUAACUAAAUUCAUGCCCAGCAAUGUGCUGCCUAUGGCUUCCUUAGUAAGUAACGUACUGGAGCUUAGGUUCUGCGAUAGUAUCGGCUACGACUGAGUUGGGACGCCGCCUGUUUGAUCAUUGGUGAUGUAAAUUGAGCCGGAAACCAAUGCGAGUGGCGGAGUAAACGUUGCAAAGUCGCCAGCGAAUACCGAGCAUUUAACCCAAGCUGCACAGCGGAUUUUCUCUUUAUUAUGCCACCUCAUUUAAAGGCAAAGCCAAACCACUGGAUCUGUCUGUAAGGUCACCACAGGGAGGUGCCACUUUGACUCAAAGCACAGUCACUUCCACGCAGCCUGGCCACCGGGUGGUGCUGCAAAAUGUGACAAAAUGGAAAAUCGGAAGUCUUUGUGUCACACUUGAAAUGGUCUCAUGAGAUCAGCAACUGUACAGGGGAAAGCAACAGCUGCCGCUCGUUGGAGAACGUGGGCACUCGCUAAAAGGAAAAGGCCUUUCCUGGAUGCCAAGCUUGUGAAGUAGCACACACUGGAAACGCUGGAGGAGCUCUUUGCCGGGGGUAAAAACAAAGCUGACAUUGUGACCCGUGUGACGCAGGUUCCCCUGUCUGAUUCCACGGCAGUGCAAAGAGUGGCUGAUGUUUGUAAUUUAUGUGGAUUGACUAUCAGCACUGCUUUCAGAUUUAAAAAUACCAAACACAUGGCUCCUGCGGUGGACGAAUCAAGUGAUUUAAGUGACCCCCCCGCCAGCCAGUGCUACUUGUUAGAUUUUUAUGAUGGUGAAAUUUUCAAGUUAGAAUUUUUAUGCUUAAUACCAUUAGAAACCUACCCCACAGGAAGGAGCAUUUUUGUAAAGGUAAAAGGCUUUUUGGAAAAAAAAAUGGGUUUAGGUCUGCAGAAAGUAAACUUGCUUGUUACAGAUGGAGGUCCCUCAGUGAGAGGGAAAGAGACACCAUCCCUGCCCAUCCGCUCAACUUCUAGCCUGCGACAUUGUCUUUAUAAAACUGUCUUACAAGACAUUUCAGCCGAAUUCAGUGACCUGUUGCAGCAUGACUUUUGCUGGUUAAGUAGUGGGAUGCAUGAUACAGGUGUUGUGUGCUUAGAAAAGGAAUAAUAGAAUCCUUUCAAACCACAAGACCAAUAAGGUUUCAAGUUCCUGGAAUUUACGAACGAUGUCACAAGUAGCUUUUCUGUGCGAUAUUACUGGUCACUUGAAUUCCUUCAGCUUGCAGCUCCACGGUCGUGCAAGCAGUGCCAGGGAUCUGUUUGAAAAAGUGUGUGCCUGUCAGAGGAAUCUUGAAAUCUUUCAGGCAGACUUAACAGGAAAGAUGUUGCACUUUCCCACAUUGCAUGUUGUUGCUACAGAUGAAACCUCAAUGGAAAUGCUGCACGAAUUCCUAAACAAUCUGAUCAAAAAUUUUAAAAUGGGAUUUGAGAAUUUUAAAAUUCCCAAGGAUUUGAUUUUAUUUGUUGUCUCUGCCGGUGGACCUUACCCUUCUGAAGCAAAGAACACUCUUGAUUCAAUCAAUGAAGGGGCCUUUCUAUUAGAAAGUGUAAGGCUCCAGAGCUCAGCUGUCUUGAAGGCAGAAUCCAGAGACGCGGGACUUUGCGAGUUCUGGACGCAGUCUGCUGACCAGUUUCAGAAUAGCCAGCAUCUGGCUUUUAACCGUUUUCGGACCAAUGUAACUCAGCGAAACUGAGUUUUCUGCCAUGAACAUUAGCAAAAACCCAAUCACCUGAGGGACGAGCAUCUUCAUACAUGCAUGGGCCUUGGCCUGACCGCCUACAACCCACUCGUCAUGCUUGUCGCUGUCACCUCUCCCAUUAGCGAGUGCUACAAACACAGGUAAUAAUGUUGAUAAAGCUGAUGAAGUGGGCUGUAGCCCACGAAAGCUUAUGCGCAAAUAAAUCUUAGAGACCUUAGUCUCUAAGGUGCUACAAGUCCUCCUGUUCUUUGUGCGGAUACAGACUAACACGGCUGCUACUCUGAAACCUGUUAGAAGACAGAAUCACUAAUACUUACCUUGCACUCAAGGGCUGUAUUUGUUGGCAGCGCAAGUGUUUUUUGUCAGACGUGUGCCAAUGGGCUCCCCAAAGAGUGGGGCGCUCUCACUGAAUAUCACUGGGCUAGCGGGUUAGAGUUGGAAGGGGAGGGGGGGACCAGGACUCCUGUAUUGUGCCCUGGCUCUGUGUGAGACACCUUUGUGCCUCAGUUUCCCAUCAGUUAAAUGAGGCUCUUGCCUUUGUCUGUCUUGUCUAGUAAACCGUGAGUGUCAGUGUGGGUCUGUGCAGGGCUCAGCCAAACCGGGCCCCUGAUCUUGGUCAGUGGAGGGGAGGGGGGGGCUUGCUCUCACUUAUGGGUCUUGCCACGCAAUGAGGGCUGUCAGAAACCUAGAGAUAAGGGCAGCUGUACUGAAUCACUUUACCUGUAAGGGGUUACGAAGCUCAAAUAACCUGGCUGGCACCUGACCAGAAGGACCAAUAAGGAAAACAGAUACCUUCAAAUCCGGUGUGUGUGUUGUUUAUGCUCCGGCCAGAGAGGGAAGCCAGGCAGGGACAUCAUCUCCUGAAAACAUACCUGGCAGAAGCCAUCUAAGAAUUACACGUGAGGCAAGGCGAUGUGUUCGAUGAUCUUUUGUUUUAGCUUGUGAAUUUUCCCUGUGCUAAGAGGUAGUUUUAUUCCUGUUUUUGUAACUGUAAAGCUGAGUCCAGAGGGUGAAUUCUGUUUUAAAUCUUUUUAUUACUCUGUAAAGUUACCUUCCAUCCUGAUUUUGCAGGUGUGAUGCUUUUACUUUUUUCUUUAUAAUAAAAAGUUCUUCUUUUAAGAACCUGAUUGAUUUUAGUGUCCUAAAGAUAAAAGGUGUGGUCUGUGCUCACCAGUUGGUUGGUCGAUUAUUCUGAAGCCUCCCCAGGAAAGGGGGUGAAGGGGGAAUAUUUUGGGGGCACAGAGAUGCUAAGUGACCCUUUUCCUGAAUUUUUGUGUAAAUCACUUGGUGGUGGCAGCGAUACAGUCCAAGGACAAGGAAAGGAAUUUGUGCCUUGGGGAAGUUUUUAACCUAAGCUGGUAGAAAUAAGCUUAGAGGGUUUUUCAUGUGGGUUCCCACGAAUGUACCCCCGAGUUCGGAGUAGAGAGGGAACAGGGCCCUGUGCUGCACCCAGCUCUGGGGAGGCGCCGGGACAUAGACUGAAUGGGAUGGGGUGUGGUGGUGGGAACAGACUCUGUAAUUAGCAGGGAGGGGACAGGCGCCCCCCCUGUCCCUCAAGGAGCUGGUACCUGCCCCUUGGGGUCCCUGGCAGUGGGUGGGGACGGCAGGCUUGGCGAGCCCUGUCCGUUGUCAGCAUUAACGCUG